AUGUCCCCUGGAAAUAGACGUCGAAAAGAUGUGGGUGACUAUUGGUUAGGAAAGACGCUAGGCAAAGGAUCUUCAGGAUGCGUCAAGAUUGGUAUACAUAAAGUGACAGGAGAGAAAGUGGCCAUCAAGAUUAUAUCAAAAUCGCAUCUGGCCGCCAAUGCUUCUGUAGAAAAAGCUGUCAAAAGGGAAAUUGCGGUGAUGAAGUUGAUUAAACACCCGAAUAUAAUGAGUCUACUGGACGUGAUUGACUUGUCUGAUUCACCUAAUUUAUACUUGAUAUUAGAGUAUGUUCAAGGUGGUGAAUUAUUUGAAUAUUUAGUGUCUCGGGGAAGAUUAUCUGAAAAGGAGGCUAGAAAGUAUUUUCAACAAAUUAUCAUUGGCUUGGACUAUUGCCACAGACAUUUAAUAUGUCAUCGUGAUUUAAAACCAGAGAAUCUACUUCUUGACCGUGAUAAGAAUAUAAAGAUUGCUGAUUUCGGAAUGGCUUCAUUACAACCCACUGGUUCACUAUUAGAAACAAGCUGCGGUUCUCCUCAUUAUGCAAGCCCUGAAAUUGUCAAUGCAAGUGGUGUGCCUUAUGAUGGUUCAGCUUCUGAUAUAUGGUCAUGUGGCAUCAUUCUUUAUGCUCUACUGAGUGGACAUUUACCAUUUGAUGAUGACAAUAUUCGUCAAUUACUCAAUAAGGUCAAGAUGGGGAAAUACAAAAUACCAGAUCAUGUAUCUGAUGAAGCAAAAGAUUUGAUACAGAGAAUAUUAGUGAUAAAUCCUAGCAAGCGCCUAACAAUGAAACAAGUACAAUCUCAUCCUUGGUUCACGGUUGAUCCCCCUCCUAAUCUGACCACACUACCUGAUCCUCCUACAGCUGCCGAGAUAGGUAGGCCAGUAUCCCAUGUAUCCGAAAUUGAUGACCGUAUCCUUGAGACUCUCAAAGUACUAUGGGCAGAACUGUCUACGGACAAAAUUGUUGAAGCGUUAUUAAAUUCUGAGUAG